AAAAUUAUAUAUCUAAAAGAACUACAGUGAAGUCAUCCCGUAAUGGGCAGGGUCAGCUGUGUAGAUAAAGUACUGCAUCCAUACUUCACCAUAAGCAAAUCCAAAGCUUAGCUCUGCUCAGAAAUUCAGCUGCUAUUGAACUUAAAGCUCAACUGAAGUACCCUAAAAAGAGAAGAAGAAGAUAUGGAUGAAAAUAAAAAAGUAUUAUCAAUCUUUAUUUAUCCUGUCAAGUCAUGCAGAGGCAUUUCUGUUUCUCAUGCCCCACUGACUCCUACUGGAUUUCGAUGGGAUCGAAAUUGGAUGGUUUUGAAUGACAGAGGGAGGGCACGUACCCAGAGAAAUGAACCAAGGCUUGCUCUAGUUGAAGUAGAGCUGCCCCAGGAGGCAUUUUUGGAUGAUUGGGAGCCUACAAAAGAUUCCUAUAUGGUAAUAAAGGCUCCUGGAAUGCCUGUGCUUAAAAUAUCACUAGCAAAACCACAGGAAAUAUCAGAUGGUGUCUCAAUAUGGGAAUGGUGUGGCUCUGCGUUAGAUGAAGGAGUUGAAGCUGCAAAGUGGUUUUCUGAUUAUCUCGGAAAACCCAGUUGGCUUGUACGUUUUAACUCAGGAUUAGAAAUUAGACCCGUUGUUGAUAAUUAUGCUCCUGGACACAAGGUUAUGUUUACCGAUUUCGGUCCAUAUUUGGUAGCAUCUCAGGGAUCAUUAGAUGAACUAAAUAAACAUCUAAAAGAACCAGUUUCAAUAAACCGUUUCCGACCCAGCAUACUAAUUGAUGGUUGUGAACCAUUUUCUGAGGACUUGUGGAAGGAAGUUAGAAUAAAUAAAUUCACAUUUGAAGGUGUCAAGCUUUGCGCUCGAUGCAAGAUACCUACAAUUGAUCAAGAGACCGGGGUAGCAGGAACUGAGCCAAAUGCAACACUGAAGGAACUCCAUUCUGAUAAAACUAUGCGGCCAAAUAAGAAACAACAAGGAGAGGUCUACUUUGGGCAUUAUUUAGUUUGGAAAGACAGUGUCGAUGGAGGGAAAGGGAACAUAAUUAAAGUUGGAGAUCCUGUUUUUCUUCUGCAGAAAUAUUCUUCUACAGAAGAAGUUGAUGUUUGAAUCCAAUUUCAGAAUGUCAGAUGUGUAUGAAGAUGGACUUUGUGGACUAUCUAUGAUGGAUGUAAUCUAAAGUAGUUCGGAGUGGAGAUAACCCAUAUAGUUUACCGUAAUUAACUAGAGAUUAAGAUUUAAUUAAGUCGAGUCUAGUCGAUUUGCAUCUGAUACAAGCAAGUUGCAGAUAUAUAAUAAGACUUACCAAAAUUUAUUACAUAAUGCAAUUGCAACAUAUUUCAGGACA